AUGGUUGACGUGUUGGAUUCCAACGCAGGACUUGUCAAUCGACGAACUUUACCACCAGCAAAGAAAUUGAUUGAUCUGAUCAGACAUUUUCAUUACAAUGUAUACAAUCAGAAAAAGUUACUCAUAAAUGGGGUCAAGCCUACAGAUAUUGCAAAUACUGUCAAAACUUACAACGCAUUCUACCAAUGGAUUCCCAGCCUAUCAGAUUCCACAGUAUAUGUAUAUUGCAACGGUNUGGCUAUAUUGCGCAAACUUCGAUCGAACCCCGAUAAAGAAUUGAGGCUCCUAGUGUUGGGCUUGGACAACGCGGGAAAGACAACGAUUCUUCGCUGCUUGGCGAAUGAGGACGUAACACAAGUUACACCGACUCAGGGGUUCAACAUAAAAAGUGUGCAAAGCGAGGGUUUCAAACUAAACGUUUGGGACAUUGGUGGGGCUCGAAAAAUACGGCCGUACUGGCGCAACUACUUUGAAAACACGGAUGUACUUGUGAGUAUUUGA